AUGCCAAGGGGUCUUCGCUACGACGUGAAGCCGAAAGCAGUGGGCCUGGUAGGUGAUGCGGUGCAGCCGUCCAACCAAGUGAGGCUUCACAAGGCCAUAAACCGGAAGCUUACAGAUGCUGCCGCCAAAGCUGGUGGAUGCGGAGUGUUGGACGUGGUGUGUGUGGAGCUCACACACAUGAACGGAGUGAACCUGGCGACGGCGCUUCAUCGCCUCGCCCGGGACUUUGCCAACAACGAGGCAGGCUUGCCUGGAGGAGCGCAGGCUCUCAGUGAGGUCACCUCCCACGCUGCCUUCCCGGCCUUGUUGGAAGCAGUGAGGCAGCGGGCCAUGGAAGUUGUGGCUGAGAGAGAGGCAGGCAAGCAGAGCGACGGUGACUCGGGCAUGCCCGCGCAGUGCGCGAGCAUCGUCGCUUGGUCAUUGGCAUGGCUUAACCUCAAAGAGCGGGCUCUACUCCAAACUUUAGCGGAGUUGGCUACGCCGCAUUUAGAUGGGUUCAAGCCGUACGAAGUCACAAAUAUGCUCUGGGCUUAUGCGAAGCUCAACGAGUGGAAUGCUCCGCUCUUCAGGGCGGUGGCUGAGCGGCUCCGAGCCAGGGCCAAGUGGGAGUUCAAGGUUCAAUGCCUUUCAGUGGCAUCCUGGUCAUUCACUACGGUGAAAUGGCGCGACGAGGAUUUGUUCAGGAGCCUGGCAGAGGAGAUGUCCGGCCAGGCGACUCUGCUCAAGCCGCAGGAGAUCAGCAAUACACUGUGGGCCUAUGGCAAGCAGAAAAUUGCACACGAAGAGCUGUUCAAGGCCCUUGGCUGGUCAGCAUUCGAGUUGGUGUGGCAGUGCCGAUUCAAGCCUCAGGAGCUGGCGACUUCGCUUGAAGCCUUUGCACGAGUCGGUAUCUCACAUCCAAAUCUGUUCGCCAAUGCCGUGAACGUGGUGAUCCGGAGGGCCCAGGACUUUUCUCCAGGGCAGGUUGCAUCUAUUUUGGGUGCGUACAGUCAAUCAGAGUGUGCAAAUGGCUCAGAGCUGGCAGCCAAGCUUUUAAGUGUGGUUGCCUGCAGGACAGACAGCUACCAGCCUCAGGAGCUGGUUUCAGUGGCCCAGUCCGCGCUGAAACUGUGCCCCAACCACUCGCAGUUUUUCGAAGCUUGCGCCAAUUGCGCAAGGUUGAAGCUCGAAAGCUUCGAGAGUCGCCUGCUUUCUGAGCUGCGGGAGGUCUUUGGGGCGGUUGAGGUCAGCCAGGUCAUGCCAUCCUACGUGAUACAGCUGAUGGCGCAGGUACGCAAAGAGGCUGAGGUGUGUCUUGCAGCCAGCACUCUGAUGGAUCGGUGCAGUACCGACUCCACCAUCCGGGCACCCACACAAGAUGGACUCGAGGAGGACAGCGACUCAGGCACCUGGUACGAUGCGGUUGACCGUUUGGCAGGGAACGCAGAGCAAGUGGCAGGAACUGCAAUCCAAGAAGAUGCUUGGAAGGUGAACCUGACGACGCCUCCAGGUCUGGACUGCGCACCACUCUUCCUCCGAGAGAUCUCAGCCGCAAACCAGGCUUGGGCGCCGGCAAAGAUGUCUGCUGGCUUGCAUGACGCACCAAAACCGCCGGUGUUGCCCGCGUCCUGCCUCACGGAGGAGGAGGCAGGCAGGGUGAUCCAGAACAGACAGGCUGCGGGUUUGGGAUGCGGAAGUUGA